UUGCAGCUUCCCUAAAAGAAAAAGAUGUCUGGGUAUGAUCUUCAGAGGACCAUUCUAGAUCCGACAGUUCCUUAUGUUGGUACAAUCUUGGGAGGCCUAAAACCUGGAGCAAUGGUAGUAAUCCAUGGAACUGUCUCUGAUGAUGCAGACAGUGUGGAGAUCAUUUAUUUCUUAGGCUGGGUUCACACCUGGGCAUACGGAAUAUGCGAGUUUCGUGCCUCGCGUUUUUACCGCGAUUUGCGCGUGCGUUUCCCAGGUCUAUCCGGCUUACGGGACACCGGCAGAUACAGAAAUGAAGUAGUAUGCAGAUAUCAUGAGGUCCUGAAUGACAGUCAGCACCUGGUCCAUGAAGGGUCUCGACCUCAGGCAGGACCAGAAAAAAUGUUAUUGAAUAUGUUUUAGGUUUCUUCAAAUGGAAAACACUUGCUCUCAUACAAACACAGAACUAACCUGGAUAAAAUUGAUACACUUGGUAUAUAUGGAAAGUUGAAAAUUGAUACUAUUGGUUUUGUAAAUGAAGCACCACAGCAGGGUUCACAACCAACAUCCCUUACUGCCAGCCUGUUGGAUGGCUGUCUGAAAGUGCCUUGGACACAAAUUCUAGCCACUGCUCUUGGUCCUGGAAGAACUGUGCUUGUAAAGGGAGAAGUAAAUAAAAAUGCAAAAACCUUUGCUAUAAACCUAAAACCAAGUGAAUCCAGGAACAUUGCUUUGCACUUGAACCCACGUAUGAAGGAGAAAGUGUUUGUAAGAAACUCUUACCUGUAUGACAGCUGGGGAGAGGAGGAAAAGCAACUGCAUGAAUUCCCAUUUUUUCCUGAUAUGUAUUUUGAGCUCCUCAUAUACUGCGAAGCUCAUCAAUUUAAAGUUGCAGUGAAUGGACAGCAUCUACUGGAUUAUAGGCACCGAUUUAAAGACCUGAGUAUGAUCAACGAGAUCUCAAUUAAUGGAGACACACAACUGUAUGAUAUCAGCGUCUGGUAGAAAACAGUAUGCCAGAUGCACAAAUAUGACUGU